UAUCCCCAUCACCAUCUACAUAACCAUAACCAUGCAGAACGUGAAACCACGCGCCGCCUUGCUCGCAAGCCCCGGGAUGGGCCACGUCAUCCCUGCCGUCGAACUCAGCCACCGCCUCGCCGCCCUCCACGGCUUCCACGUCACCGUCUUCGUCCUCGAAGCCGACCCAGAGUCCGCCCAGUCCCGCUUCCUCAGCUCAUCCUCCCCCGCUGCUACUGACUUGGACGUCCACGUCAUCACCCUCCCGCCGCCUGAGAUCACUGUCAAUCCUUCGGCCCACGUCGUCGUCAAGAUCGCUGCGAUGAUGCGUGAGAGCGUCCCGGCAGUCCGAUCAAAGAUAGCGGCGAUGCCCAACAAACCAACGGCUCUGAUCGUUGACUUGUUCGGCACCGAAGCAUUGCGGCUAGCAGACGAGUUCAAUAUGUUGAAGUAUGUUCUCAUAGCCUCCAACGCGAGAUUUCUCGCAGUGGUUUUAUAUUUUCCGACGCUUGACGAAGCUGUGGAAAAGGAGCACGUAAACCGGAAGAAACCUCUCGCUAUACCGGGAUGCGAACCGGUUCGCUUUGAGGAUAAUCUCGAUGCAUACCAGGACCGUACCGACCCGUUAUACCACGAGUUUAUGCGUAUAGGUAAGGCGUUUGCAACGACAGACGGGAUUUUGGUAAAUACGUGGGAGGAAAUGGAACCUAAGACGUUGAAAUCGCUGCAAGAUCCGAACCUUUUAGGCCGGGUUGCUCGUGCACCGGUUUAUCCUAUCGGCCCGUUGAAUAGACCGGUCGAAACUGCUAAAACCGUUCGAAGCCCGGUUUUGGAAUGGUUAGACAAACAACCGGCUGAGUCGGUCUUAUACAUCUCGUUCGGGAGCGGCGGCUCGCUGACGGCUAAACAGCUGAUCGAGUUAGCUUACGGGCUCGAGCUGAGUCAACAACGAUUCCUGUGGGUGGUCCGGCCUCCAGUUGAUGGCUCAGCAUCAGCAGAGUAUUUCACGGCCAACACCGGAGGCGGAAACGGCGGGGAUGGGACGCCAGGAUAUCUGCCCCAAGGAUUCGUAGCAAGGACCAGGAAUCUCGGGCUUGUGGUCCCAUCAUGGGCCCCACAGGCCGAGGUUCUGGCUCAUGUGGCCGUGGGCGGGUUCCUGACUCACUGUGGAUGGAACUCAACCCUGGAGAGCAUCGUGAACGGCAUCCCGAUGAUUACGUGGCCGCUCUUCGCCGAGCAGAGAAUGAACGCGAGGCUGCUGAAGGAAGAGAUCGGCGUGGCCGUCGGAUCGGAGGAACCAUCGGAUGGCUGUGAUUGCUUCUUCGUUUCGAGGAACGAGAUCGAAGGGAUGGCGAGGAAGAUAAUGGCGGGGGAAGAAGAGAAUGAGAUGCGGAAGAAGGUGAUGAUGCUUAGGAACUCGGCGGAGAACUCACUGAGCCGUCGUGACUCGCUGUCGAAACUCGCCAAGGAGUGCGAGAUUCAUUUGGAGCGUGUGAUGGACAUGCAACGUGGUGGCUAGGGACGUGAGCUUAUCGUUUUACGUUUCUGCGUUUGGAUUGCGUGUUGUUUUUGGUGCAUGCACAUGUAAUCACGUGAAACAAUGUAUUGUGCCUAUUUACGGAAUAAUUAAUGUCGAUUGUUCGAUU